UAUGUCAAAUCACAUAACAACAUAGAAGUUAGGUCUCAAAAGUCAGGGGAGCAGAUAGAAUCCAACCCUCAGAGCUAUCAGCAAGACAUUCAUCAGUGGUGCAAUGAGAUGGUUUAUGCACACUAAGAUUAACCAUUUUAUUGAGAAUGGUGGGACUUUCAAGGAUUAACCUCCAAAGGUUGUCAUUCAGAUCCAAGACAGACAACGAGAAGAGGAGUAUCAUCAUUGGUUUGAAGUCUGAUAAUUACAGUAGAGAGAUAUUACUUCGGUUACUAACUGUGGUAGUUAAACCGGAGGAUAGUGUUUUGGCCAUUCAUGUUCAGAACUCAGAUGAUUCUUUUGAUCCAAACACUUUCCACAUACAUGAAGAUCUAUGCAAGACCAAGCAGGUUGAUUUCCAAGUCAAGGUUUGCAUAGGCGAUUCAUACAUUUCUGUAUUAACCCACCAAGUAAGGCUCACUUACGCCACAAUUCUUGUCCUUGGAUCCAGCAUUUCAGGGCCUAAUGUUUCAGCUCUAAAUUAUUGCCUGAAAGCAUUGCCACCAACAUGUACUCUUUUGGUAAUCAACAAUGUUGGAAGAAUCCUACUCCAGAGGCCUGGAACAUCCCAACAAGGCUCUCGAAGGGUACAGCUCCGCCAAUCCUUGUCAUCACCUAGCCACACGGGUAGAACUCAGUCCUCAAUGGUCUCUGAUCGCCGCUUACAGAAGUCCUUGACGGCCCCAUCUCCCUCCACAACGACACCCUUUUUGUUACAACAAAGCAAAAGACUAGCUGGAGCUCUAUGCAAUAGUGAUGUCAAGAAACCGGCACCAGUUCCCAACUUAAUGGCUCAGAAGCUUUUUCAGAGACUUUCCAUUCUCGAGGGAGAAGGUUGCAGCAAGCAUUUCUCAUUGACCGAUCUCCGUUGGGCAACCAACAACUUCAACCCCAUAAUGUUGAUUGGAGAAGGUGGUCAAAGCAGAGUUUACAAAGCCAUUUUUGAAGAUGGUCAAACUGCUGCAGUCAAAGUCCUCAAAACAACAACAUGGGCAGCUGAGGAUCUUCUCCGAGAGAUUGAUUUGUUGUCGAGAUUGAAGCAUGAGAACGUAGUUGAGAUAAUUGGAUACUGUGAUUGUGGAGAGUUGCAGGCCCUUGUGUACCAACUCUUGAGAGGAAGCUUGAAACAGAAUUUGAGAAUGAUGGAUUGGAGCCAGAGGAUGAGUGUCGCAGUUGGUGUAGCUAAGGCUCUUACCUAUCUUCAUCAUUCUUGUGAUCCUCCCAUCAUUCAUAGAGAUGUUAAGUCUUCUAAUAUCCUCCUCACUGAUGAUUUUCAGCCUCAACUCUCAGAUUUCGGAUCAGCAAUAACACUUCGUCAUUCUCAUCAAACUUCAUCAAAUACAAAGCCAAUCUCUGUGGUUGGAACCUUUGGAUACUUGGCCCCGGAGUACAUGAUGUAUGGCAAGGUUGACGAAAAAAUAGAUGUGUACUCAUAUGGAGUUGUGCUCCUUGAACUCAUCACUGGCAAAGAGGCUAUUAAAACAGACAGGGCAACUCAUGAAAGCUUAGUCCUUUGGGCAAGGUCCUUACUCAGCUACGGCCUUUGUGAUCGUCUAAUUGAUCCUUAUUUAUAUGAUGACUACAACAAGGAAGAAAUGAAACUAAUGGUGGUUGCAGCACGCCUUUGCCUUAUGCAUUCAUCCUCUAGAAGGCCUACUAUGAAAACAAUACUAAGGUUAUUCGAGGAGCCAGAGUACUGGAUAAGUAUGCAGAGGGAAAGAGAUGAGUUUCUGAAUGGCAUUAGUUCCAAGUGUGAAAUAGACCUUUGGAAACGGGACGACUCGGUUACUAGUGAUACAGAAGAUGAUUAGACAUGUUAUGCUAACAUUUUAGUCAUAUAUAGAAAUAAUUUGACGAAAAAAAAAAGUACUAACUGAAACGUUAGACCAUUAACCAAAUAUAAGAAAAAUGGUCUGAAACUAAUUCCUUUUCCACUGGAAUGGUAUUGGAGUUAGCCGAAAGGAUCAUUUAGUAAUCUCCUAACAAAGAUGAAAUCUUUAACUGUAUCUUACCAUUAUGUACAUGGAAUCUAGACUCAACUAAACUCCUGAAACUACACUUAGUUUCAAUACAAUCCCAAGUGUUUUUGUUAUCUUAAAUUGGAAUAAUUGAUCAAAUUAUAUAUAUUUAGAAUUCCAACUAGAACUUUGACUGAGAAAUCAGGUUUUAUGUCUGUUUUUCUUAUUAACAUAAUCACAAUGAGAUCUUCACUAUUCACUACUAUAUAAAUUAGUUUACUAAAUGGGAAGUAAUUGAUUCUUUCAAUAAGGCAAAAGGUCUUGCUUUGGCUUCUAAACCUCAGCCAAUUGAGCAAAGUUAAUAGGAGAUACAAAGCUCAGGGGACCACCAAGCAGCUAGUUGAGAAGCAGUUCUGUUGGGGGAAACAAAUCCCAGAACCGAUAUUCCUGCCGAUUCUGACAAAGCUUAGCAUCUGGACUACAAAAGGAUUCUCCAUUUAGAUUCCCAUCUCCACAGCAUGCAGCUUUUACUUCUGUGAAAUCUAAAAUAUUAAAUUGGUUAGCUUCGAUUACUGCCAAAAAAAAAACGAAAAAGAAACAGAAAAAUAGAGAGGUUUACAGGUGAAUUGCCUACUGAAUGGAGUUGGCUUUUCUAUUAUAUUGAUUGUCAUCUCAUAUGUAUUUCCAAGUGAGUAUUUCAUGUCCUUAAACUCUGAGCUGAGCUUGUUUAGCCUUCAACAUGACAUGAAAUGCUUUAGAAUGUUGGUUCAAUUCCUCCAAACAACCCCCAAU